UGGGCCCGGGUUACGGAAGCCGGGGAGGACUGAGCGUGAGGUCUACCUGCAGGAAGUUGGCAACGGAAACCGGGAUAGCGGUAGAGAAGAGGUACCUCAGGCCCGAUGGAGACUGUGGAAGCAAGUGGCAGCGAUGGGAAAGGGCGAGGGGUCGAGACCACCGUCACGUAUUACCGAUUGGAGGAGGUGGCGAAACGCAACUCCCCGAAGGAGAUUUGGCUGGUGAUCCACGGGCGAGUCUACGAUGUCACCCGCUUCCUUAACGAGCAUCCUGGCGGAGAAGAGGUUCUGCUGGAACAAGCUGGUGGAGAUGCAACUGAAAGUUUUGAAGAUGUAGGCCACUCCUCUGAUGCCAGAGAAAUGCUCAAACAGUACUAUAUUGGUGAUGUGCAUCCGAAUGACCUUAAACCUAGAAGUGAUGGCAAGGACCCUCCGAAAAAUAAUACGUGCAAAAGCUACUGGUCGUAUUGGAUCUUCCCCAUCGUAGGUGCUAUUCUCUUAGGUUUUCUGUAUCGUUACUACAUGGCGGAGAGCAAGUCCUCCUGAGGAGACCUUGUUGAAGUCUGGAAAGCACAUCUACUUGGGAGUGAGAACUGGACACUUGUUUGGAGGCUGCAGCGGUGCCCUCUUCUCGAAUCCUGCCAAUUGUAUUCUUCUCCCUCGGACCCCAGACUGUUGGCCAGACAUACGCCUCAGCCCUGGGACCAGUGUCCAAGUCAUUUCUCAGAGCCUUACUCUCAAAGCACCUGCUCAUUGUGUCCCUGCCUUUGUUUCCUCUCUUUACUCUUUUCCACGAGCACCUUUAUGUUUCAGAACUUUCUUUUAUAUUUAUAGUCUACGGAUUCUAGUGACAUUGCCCUUUGGUAAAAUUGCCUGCUUCCCAAUACUUUGAAUGCACAUUAGACAUACUUAACAGGGCAUCACACUCUGGUUUUGAAGCUUUUCUUUUUCCCUUUUUCUUCUAAGUAAAUAUUAUUUUAAAAAUUAUGACUUAAUUAUCAUAAGAGGUUUAAUUCAUGAAGUCAGGUUGCACACCUGCGACUUAAAACACAACUGCAGAAUGAUCUUGUUCCUUGUUUUUAUUUGUUAAAACUGAGUGUAGCAGGGAGCCCUUGCCACCUCCUAAGGCCACCAAAUGGUGCUGGGCAGAACUCUGCUUCCCAUUUGUUUAUGGGGAGUGGAGAGAAACAGGGAGAGGAAGAGAUGAAUUGGGGUGAUAGAGUGAAUUCACAGUAAUCUUUCUUUUGAAAAAUAUUGAAAAACACUACUUUUAGGACAGGAGUUUAGAAAAAGCACCAAAAACUUUAUCCUUUACUUUGGCACCAGUUCCUAGCCAUCUUUUUUCUUUUCUUUUUUUUUUUAAACCCCUUACCAUCUUGUAUUGGUAAAAUAUAAAUUUAUAAGUAUGUGUUUAGAGCUUUACAGUUUUGUUGAAGGAUUUUGCUCUCUUUUUGUUUAUCAACUGGCAAUUUUUUAUUCCCCUUUUUACAGAAGAGACUCCAAAUUGAUCAAAGGUACAGUAUUUAAUCUUCUGUUUGCCCCAGUAAAAUAACUCCCGUGGUAAAGCGGCAUUCAGAGGGGGUAGAUUGGGACAAGAGAAUGUUUUCCAUUUCAUGUGUAUUUUUACCUCCAUGGCUCCAAUUUGUAGUUUUGUUGUUUUUUCCAUUGAGAAUAAAAAACUGGUAGUUUUUUUUUUUUUUCUCAGAUGACUGUUUCAUUGAGGAGAAGGUUAUUAUUUAGAGUUAUGUUACUGUUUCUCCUUGGUUCGGACUUUCUCUGGUGUAUCUGACUGCUUUUUUCCCCCCCGUGGAAGCACCUGAGGAGGCCGUCCACUGGGAGUUUUCUGCCGACAACUGUGGUGAUUUUUCUUCCCAUCCUUUGAGGAUGACCAGUCUACUCUGAGCCAUCGUCACAUGCAGCAGGAAGCAGCGUGGUCCAGGAGGGACCAUGGGCACUGCUCUGUAUCCUCCCCUAUUCCUGCUUGCCAGGCACUUGACAGGACAGGAAGCUACACAGCACACCAGUGUCUGCCCAUGCAAACUAUUUAAGAAAAAGUUCAACCCAGGUCUUGUAUCCUGUGAUUUAGCAGUUGAGUGAAUUCACAAUUUGUAAAAAUCAUGUUAACCUGCUAAUCGCACACUUGGUUAUGACAUUAUGGAGAAAUUUUAGGGGCUUUCUGGCUGACUUUUAUAUGUCAGGGAUAUGGGUAAAUUUUUUAAACAUAUCUUUUUUUUUUUUUUUGAUGUGGCCCAUCUUUUAAAGUCUUUAUUGAAUUUGUUACAAUAUUGCUUCUGUUUUAUGUUUUGGUUUUUUGGCCACAAGGCAUGUGGGAUCUUGGCUCCCCGACCAGGGAUCGAACCUGCACCCCCUGCAUUGGAAGGUGAAGCCUCAACCACUGGACCGCCAGGGAAGUCCCUAAAACUUAUAUCUUUAGAAAAUGUUUUGUAUGUAUUAUAAGAUGCCAGUGUAAGACAAUUUUUUGAAAGAAAAAUCUUUGGUUAUUGUGUAACAGAGGUGGUGUGACUUGAUGCUCCUCCAGGAAGGCAAGGAAGGGUUGCCUUGAAUAAGAAUUGAUAUAUAAUUGCUGUAAUCAUUAAGUUGCAUGAUCACAUGGGCCCACACUGGGGUAGAAAAGAAGAACAAAGGAGUAUUGAGGAGCUGGAAAGGGAACAUUCAAGCUAAAACUAAGCCAGAAGAUAACUUGGGUCAAUUAAAAGUGCGUUGGCAGUCCCCAAAAUUGAAUGAAAAACAUCUGGCUUAGAAGAAAUGUUAAAGAACGAUAUUCUUAAGUAAAAUUUGUGUUUUUUUGAUAUUUUUAGGGUAAAGACCAAUGCAAAAGGUAUGUUUUUCUAUUUCAUAUUGGUUGUCUUUUCCUGUUUAUAUCUGGACUUGUUUUUGUUCAGAGCCAGAGGAAAAGAUUUUCAGACUUUGUCUCAACCAUCCAUGAAAUCCAUCCAAUACCCAGGGCUUCUUUUGAUCUCCUGCUAAUAUCAUGUCACUUUGUAUUAUAAAAACCACUUUUGGGUCCAUUUACUAUUAUUCUGCUGCCUACAUAAACAACCAGGUAGAGCUUGUGUGAGUUUGCAGAGGUUUUUUUCUAAACAAUAAAGUAAUAUAGUAUGUUAACCGAAUCCAUCAAAAAGCACUUUUGUUUUAAGAAGUAGACAGGAAUUCUCGAAACAGUUUCGACAUUGGUGGGUCGUGAAAACCCCUCUGGAGAGACAGUGGAGCCAGUCCCUGUUGGCCAGCCGGGCCUCCUUGGAUGUCUCUGGGGUGUUUGGUUGUUUAUUCCCAAGGAAGGCUCACUGCUGCUGCUCACCAUACUGUACACAUAAUGGCUGGAGAGCACAAGAGGAGGAGAUGAGGGGAAAUUAGUGCCCCCAAAAUAGGGAUGUUAGUGCUGGGUCCCAAAAUUUCCUGCCCCUGUCUCUGAGGAAUUGGUUUUGGUUUCCAAAUGACUUACAUUUGUAAAGACAGGAACGUGGUAUGGAUAAAGUUUAUACUGUGUUUAGUUCUAAUUUGACCACUUAAGCAGCAACAAAAAUGCAUUGGAACCUAUAAUUUGAGCCGUAAAGUUCUUUCAACCGUUGUCACAAAUCCACAUGUUGUGAAAUAAGAAUAUUGUUGAGUAUAUACUCAGUUCCCAAGUGAAGCAGUGAAAAAUGCUUUACAGGCCAGAUAUAUCAUUACUUACAUAGUAUCUCAUGCUUAAAAUCUUAACUGAUGCCUAUCUGAUUAAAUUCCAUUUUAGAAAUGCAGAACUUUAAUGUUCAUUACUUCCUUCUCCAGGAGGAAUGGAUUCAGACAUGUCUGAACAUGAGAUUGAUCUUUUUUUUUUUU